UGUGGGUCCCAUAAAAUGAUCAAGCUGGCCAGAUUGGGUCCCCAGGCCUGGAGUUGGACCCCCAUGUGAUGACAGCGCCCUCUGGUGGCGAGGUGCGAGUGUGUCCUGUCCGCCACUAACCCAGAGACGUGUUUAGAAAAGAGGAACAUAGACAUAGUCCUCCAGGCAACAUGUCCUCAUUGGCGGCUCUUGAGCGAGGGGCCCCACGCGGCUGUCACCCCUCCUAGCAGCACCUGUGGUCCCGCCAGCGCGCCCGCCUGUCCCGCACCGGAACAAAGUUGUGUGCUCCCGGAGAUCCGAGCAGAAAGAAGCCGACGUGCUCCGCGUCAGCGGCGGCAUGGAGACAGUGUGACCGAGCCGCGAGCAGGAAUAUGCGGCAGUGUGGCCCCCUCCCUCCCUUCCUGUCCUGCGGUGCAUAUCUACAGCAGCCUGCGUCCUCCACUCCACUCCUGCGCCCGCACGCUCCGCGGGGACGACGGCAUCUCCCCGAGAAAGUUUGCACAAGUGCUGCAUGUCCGGCAGCAGCAUUUGGAGGCGGCCAUGGACUGAGUGACGGAGGCAAGGUGAGACUUUGACGAGCCGUCAACUUGUCACCGGCAUGCCGCCCUGGACGGGAGACUGGCGGAUGGAAGCCGGACUUGAGCGUCUUUGAUCGGGCACGGAGGACGUUUUUGGAUUGGUCCUCAGAUAUAUAUUCCAUUUUGGCCUGGACUCCUGCACACCAUGCGGAUUAUGCUGCAAGUUAUUCUUGGAAUGUUUCAAUUCCUGCUGCUCGCCACAAUCCCCAUGUCCCAUGCCAAGCUGGCUCUUUGGCGGCCUACGGACCCGGCCAAGUCCAGAGAAGUGCGGCGCUGGCUGGAGGUGUACUCACGCAGCGGCUGCCAGCCCCGGGAGACCCUGGUGGAGGUGUGGCGGGAGUUGCCGGGGGAGACGCACCAGCUGUUCGUGCCUUCCUGUGUGGCGCUCAGGCGAUGUGGCGGCUGCUGUGUGGACGAGGCCAUGGAGUGUGUGGCCUCCAUCACGCACACCCUCACCAUGGAGCUGAUGAGGACUUCCUUCAUGAAGCACGAGCUCACUGAGUUGUCCUUUGUGGAGCACAGCCAGUGUGAGUGCCGAGUGAAAGAAGAGAUGCAGCACACAACAACUACAAGACCCAAUCACACGCCGGCAAGAGUCAAGAAAAAGAGGCAAGGAAAGAAGACGAUUGCAGCCACCAGAACUACCACCCGCGUCUUACCGCCUCCCGCCACCACCAUUUCCCCUUCGCCGUCCACGCGGCCUUCCUGUGGUCCCUGCAGAGGCAGGAAGUGGACCCUGGAUGCAGAGUCCUGUGGAUGUGUCUGCACCCUCACUGCUGAGAGCUGCCGCCGGAGAAAUAGGAGGCUGGACCCUCGCCGCUGCAGGUGGCCACUAACACGCAAUACUAAUACUACCAACUUGGAUGUACUCUAGACUGUGUACCAGUACCAGGGGUGUCCACACUGUGGCUGGCGGGCAGAUGUGGCCCCGAGGUCUUCAUUUUGUCCCGCUGGACCUCACAAGUUUAGUAAGGAAUCCGCCUCCAAUUUCAUUUGAAAUAUAUGACAUGUGUAUUUCAGGUUAAUGACCAUGAAUUGGUAUAUAUUGGUAAGAAUAGGUAUAUAAAGUGCACUUCUGACUUAAGAAUGUUGACUUUACAUUGAAUAUCUAAUGAGAUGUAGUGGUAAAUAAUAAUGAUUAGAUUGAAUAAAUUAAUAGGUAUAUAAAGUGCACUUCCAACAUUUGUAUUUCAGGUUAAUGACCAUGAAUUGGUGUG